CCUCCCUUGGAACCUAAAUUCAUAGGCAAAUUCAGUUCCCACGCAGAAUUUAUUUUCUUUGGGGAGACAGUGAAAUACACUAUUACCGGCGCAGUGAAAGUAGCACGAACCGUUUACGACAGUAGUCGGCGUUGACCCAGUGUCUGGUUCGCUCUAUCUGCUACGCACGAUAUCUGGAAGAUCGAGAAGGGGAGAGUUCGUUCCACUACACACUCUACAGUUAUCCAUGGCUCUGUGCAACGGGGAUAGCAAGCUGGAGAUCAGCACGGAGCCUCAGAACGGGUCGUGUGAGGGCGCGGUGGUGAUCCUGGACGCGGGGGCCCAGUAUGGCAAGGUGAUCGACAGACGGGUCCGAGAGCUGUUCGUCCGCUCCGAGAUCCUCCCCCUAGAGACGCCGGCCUUUGCCAUCAGAGAGCAGGGCUUCAGGGCUAUCAUCAUUUCAGGCGGACCCAAUUCAGUGUAUGCAGAAGAUGCCCCCUGGUUUGACCCUGCGAUUUUCACUAUUGGGAAGCCUGUCCUUGGUAUCUGCUAUGGCAUGCAGAUGAUGAAUAAAGUUUUUGGUGGCACGGUCCACAGAAAGAGUGUCAGAGAGGAUGGCGUGUUCAACAUAGGGCUGGACAGCUCCUGUUCUCUGUUCAGGGGGCUCCAGAAGGAGGAGCUCGUGCUGUUGACCCAUGGAGACAGUGUGGACAAAGUGGCCGACGGCUUCAAGGUGGUAGCCCAGUCAGGAAGCAUCAUCGCUGGUAUUGCCAACGAGCAGAAGAAGCUGUACGGAACCCAGUUUCACCCAGAAGUGGACCUGACGGAGCGAGGCAUGGAGAUUCUGCGCAACUUCCUGUUUGAGAUUGCCGGCUGCACGAGUAACUUCACCGUUGAGAACCGCGAGCAGUCAUGCAUCAAGGAGAUUCAGGAGAAGGUGGACAAGUCCAAAGUGCUGGUGCUGCUGAGUGGGGGGGUGGACUCCACAGUGUGCACAGCCCUGCUGAACAAGGCCCUGCCCCAGGAGCAGGUGAUUGCCGUGCACAUCGACAACGGCUUCAUGAGGAAGAGGGAGAGCCAGAGCGUGGAGGAGGCACUCACUAAACUGGGCAUCAAACUGAAAGUGGUGAACGCUGCACACACCUUCUACAACGGCACAACCACCCUGCCCAUCUCUGAGGAAGACCGGACCCCACGGAAACGCAUCAGCAAGACCCUCAACAUGACCACCAACCCAGAGGAGAAGAGGAAGAUCAUCGGGGACACCUUCGUCAAGGUGGCCAAUGAGGUGAUCGGGGAGAUGAACCUGAAGCCGGAGGAGGUGUUCCUGGCUCAGGGCACGCUGAGGCCCGACCUCAUCGAGAGCGCGUCCGUCCUCGCCAGCGGCAAGGCUGAGGUCAUCAAGACGCACCACAACGACACCGAGCUCAUACGCAAGCUCCGAGAUGAGGGAAAGGUAAUCGAGCCACUGAAGGACUUCCACAAGGAUGAGGUCCGGGCGCUGGGCCGGGAGCUGGGCCUGCCUGAGGAGAUCGUCUCCCGACACCCCUUCCCUGGUCCUGGUCUUGCCAUCCGUGUCAUCUGUGCAGACGAGCCCUACAUCUGCAAAGACUUUGCAGAGACCAACAACAUCCUGAAAAUCAUCACAGACUUCUCUGCCAGUGUCAAAAAGCCACACACGUUGCUGCAGAGAGUCAAGUCGUGUAUAUCGGACGAUGAGGAGGAGAAGCUCAUGCAGAUCACCAGCCUUCAUUCACUCAACGCCUUCCUCCUGCCAAUCAAAACAGUCGGAGUGCAGGGAGACUGCCGCUCCUACAGUUAUGUGUGUGGCGUCACCAGUAAAGAGGCUCCACACUGGGAAUCUCUCAUGUUCCUCGCCAGACUCAUCCCUCGCAUGUGCCACACCAUCAACAGGGUGGUGUACGUGUUCGGCUCUCACGUCAAGGAGCCCCCCACUGACAUCACCCCCACCUUCCUGACCACGGGCGUUCUCAGCACACUCCGUCAGGCAGACUUCGUCGCUCACUCCAUCCUCAGGGAGUCUGGCUACUCUGGGAAGAUCAGUCAGAUGCCGAUCAUUCUGACCCCGCUGCACUUUGACCGAGACCCCCAGCAGAAACAGCCUUCCUGUCGACGCUCCGUGGUCGUCAGAACCUUCAUCACCAGCGACUUUAUGACCGGAAUCCCUGCCACGCCUGGCAACCACAUCCCAGAGGAGGUGGUGCUCAAGAUGGUUAAUGAGAUCAAGAAGAUCCCAGGAAUCUCCAGAGUGAUGUUUGACCUGACUUCCAAACCUCCGGGCACCACAGAGUGGGAGUAGAACCAACCAGAACCUCCACGGAGGACUGAGGUAGAAGGGCCUGGGCCGUUGAGCUCCUAGCUUACUCUUCUCAUCCUCCUCCCCUCCUCUUUCCCCAAUCCCCCACCCUCCCCCCUCCACCCCAACACUCCAAUGGCCUGCUCUGCCCCUCACCCUACUCUCUAGAACAUUCCCAUGGAAGGCAAGCAGUACUGUGACCAGCGCACACAUGAAGCCACUACUUUGCUAGCCCCCUCCAUCACCUUUUUGUCGUUGGGACGAGGGGUUGUAAUAUUGUUGUUUUUGAUCACAUGAUGACUGCAUUGUUUUCUGGAUCCAUGCUCGACAAUGCAUCGUUAUUUUGUCUUGUUUUGGAGUUGAAGCUUGGCUUCCUGUUUAGAAGCUAGCCGUUAAAAGGUCAAAGUUUAAAGGUCAGGAAGGUUAGGAAGUGAAUCAGAACACAGUGUGCCUCAGAUGAGAAGAAUUAAAUAAGAAAUUGAAUAAGACAACCAGGAGAAGAAAAGGUACAAAAAUACAGGCCUGUGAUUAAAAGUGCAUCGAUUACUUUUGCCUUUUUUGAAUCUUUUCUAAUUGUAGUUCAAGUUCAGACUUGUUUUCCCCAGGUCAGUUUCGACCCAUCUUCAUCUCUUCUGCACCUGUAUACUGUGCAGGGUGGCAGGGUGGCUUGUCCAACAUCAUUAAUCAGAAAAACCUAUGUGAUCAAUUUUUAGACAUUGUUUUUGCCAAAUGUAAAGAAGCUCUGUUGACAUCAAUAUCUGGGUUCUCUGAAGUUAAGAGACAUAUUUUGUGAAGCUAAACCCUUAUUGUUAAGCUCUAUUUGAACAGGUGUCAACAGAUGGACGAGUGGUUAAGUAUCACAGAUGUGCAACUGUACAGGAGGACCCCAAAAUGGUGGCUGGCCUGUUAUGUGCCUGUUUCUUUCUGUUGUAACCUUUCUUUUUUUUAACACAUGAAAUAAUCUGGACUCACUCAUCUGAGCGGGCGAUAAAAUAAAUAGUUCCAUGCUGCAAUAUAUAUGGUUUUUAAGAUGAACAAAAAUGACAUGAGGACCGACGGAAGAAUAAAUGUGAAAAUAGUGUAGAAACGAUAACCAUAAUUGUAUGAAUUUCGUCUUUGUUGUCACCUCCAUCAUCUGGCAACCUCUACAUGGUGUAGGAGCAACUUUUGCACAUUUUCUUGUGACCCAUAAAGCCUGGGUGCUUAGUACUUUCAGUUCAGAAGUUAACAAGGAACCUUCACCAAGUAUCCCUUUCUACAGUGUCAAAGUUAGUAUUUUUAUCUACCACCCCAUCUUGAAAGUUUUGCCACUUCCAGACUCCUGUAGGAGCAAGGCAUUCCCACCUAAUAACUUGGCUCUGUGUAAACUGUUUAACAGCCUGGCUCGACCACAGCAAGCCCAGGGCACUGGUUUAACUAAGGCUGUUGUCUUCAGGAUCCCACACACAAACCAUAAGUCCUCAUUUAAUACAUCUUAAUGUGAUUAAAUCAGUACCAUUUAUUUGUAUUUAUUGUCUGUGCACCUCUCAUCCUUACAAUCUUAUUUCCUCAUAUGGGGCAAAAUAUCCAAUGCAAAUUGAAUUUGUUUCUUUAACCGUCUUAAUUGCAACUUUGUCCGUCGUCUUUUCCUCUGUGUUGCCUUCUUGCGUGUGUAUUUUAAAAUACAUAUGUCUACUUGGAAAACAACAGCUUAAGCUUAUUAGACAUUUAAUUUUGUAGUUCAAUUUUAUUGCAAUAUUGAAAUAAGAUUAAGUUAUGCAAUUAUAUAUCAUGUUCAUUUUUGUUGUUUGUUUCGAUGCUCAUUACCCUUAGUAACGUGCCUCAAACCAAGCCACCGCAUGCAGUUUCAACGGAAAUUUGUAUAAUGAAAAACUGAGCUUUAAUAAAGAAGUCCACGUUGAAUUUC